AUGGCGCACUGCAUGAGGAUACGCCAUUGCUACAAAAAAAUUCUAACGGCGCACCCCGAGCGGUGUGCCAUUGCUAACCGGCACCAGCGCGCAGCCCCGGAUCCCGUCCCCCAGAUCCACCCCGCCUCCUUCAGCCUCCUCCGCAACAUCACCGGCAACCCAGAAGUCAGAGUCAGCAAGAUGGGGAGGGCAUCAGGAGUGCUCGAGAACCAUGAGGAGGGUAGGCGCUACGCCGAGCACGGCCUCAGAGCCUACGUGCAGGACAAGACCUCCGAGAUCAUGCCAGGAAUCAACAAGUUCUUCGCCAUGUACGAGCUUUUCGCCAUGUACCGUGAAUGGCAAGAAGAGAUGGCCAAGGAAAUCAAUGAAAGUGGGAUUGUUAACCUGUCUUUGUAUGCUCCGAAACUGGCUCAGGACUUCAUCCAUUCUGCUGCGUUUAUCAGGGCAUCUGUGGAUGGGAGGCGAGUAUUUCUACUGACUAGUACCAAUCUUAACCCGUAAACUGCUUACAAAUUGGGAGAUUCUGUCUGCUCUUCGGGCUCCUCGCUCUUCGCUUUGCCCGGAAGCAUGAUAUACUAAUCCUGAGCACUAAAGAAGUUGAGAAAUAUAGUGCCCUCUCUGGUGGUUUACCUUGCCCAAUAUAUGUGCUAGUAUUGAAAGUUGUA